UAUGCAGCUGCCGCAGUCUGUGUUAGCCGCCUUCCCGCGCAUUUUAUGCUGGAUUAGGUAGAUUUUGUCUUUAUGCUACAACCACCAAAGAUUUUGGCUAUUUGGUUUUUCACUCGCCCAAAAACCACUGUAGCAAUCGGUCGCACCACCCAAGCCAAGAGUUCGCAACACAUAAAUUCCAUUUUUUAUAAAAUAAAAUUGUGAAAUUGAUCAGUGAACCCAUAACAAAGAUGCCACGACGCAAGAUACUCGCAAACAACAAUAACUCCGAGGAAGAUAAGGCGGUGCAGCCCACAAGAGCAAAAAGAGCGCGAUUGGUUUUCCAUCUGGACUUGCCCGAGCGUCGUCAGAUAGUUGGCAAUGUGUUAGUCUGUGGCACUGGCGAUACCGGUCAACUGGGUCUUGGAGAGGAUGUACUGGAACGCAAGCGUCCGGCCAUCGUUGAGAACAUACCGAAUCCUGUGGAUAUCUGUGCCGGCGGCAUGCACUGCUUGGUGUUAACAAAGUCGGGCGAUAUCUACUCGUUUGGCUGCAAUGACGAGGGUGCGCUUGGUCGCGACACCAGCGAAGAGGGCAGUGAAUCGCUGCCAGCACUCGUCAAUUUGCCCGGCAAAGCACUUCGCAUUUCGGCGGGCGAUUCGCAUUCGGCUUGCCUCCUGGAGGAUGGACGCGUCUUUGCCUGGGGCUCGUUCCGAGACUCGCACGGCAACAUGGGCCUAACAAUUGAUGGCAACAAGCGCACGCCCAUUAAUCUGCUCGACGGCAUGAUAUGCUGCAGCAUUGCCUCUGGCGCCGAUCAUUUAGUUAUACUCACCACCUCGGGCAAGGUCUUCACCGUGGGCUGUGCUGAGCAAGGGCAACUGGGACGCAUUUCUGAGCGUUCAGUUGGAGGCGAGGGUCGUAGGGGUAAACGCGACCUAUUGCGGCCGGAUCAGCUAAUUAUCAAGCGCGCCAAGCCCUUUGAAGCCAUUUGGGCCACCAAUUAUUGCACAUUUUUACGUGAAUCCCAAACGGGGGUGAUCUGGGCCGUGGGCUUGAACAACUACAAGCAGCUGGCGCACGCAAAGGAGGCCGAGCGUGUUUUGAUACCCAUUAAAACCAAUUUAAAGGACAUCAAGCAGAUUGCGGGCGGGCAGCAUCAUACCCUGGUGCUGGACAAUUCAAUGCGCUGCUUCGCCAUUGGGCGUCCAGACUAUGGACGCUUGGGUAUUGGCGACGUUAAGGAAGUGGUGUCCGAGCUAAUGCCCAUUAAAGAGAUCAGUGGGAAGACCAUAUUUGUUGGCUGCGGCGAAGCUUGUUCCUAUGCCAUAACCAAUGAUGGUAAACUAUAUUCCUGGGGCAUGGGCUCCAAUAAUCAGUUGGGUGUGGGAGAUGGCGACGAUGAGCUGGUGCCAGUUCCUGUCGUCAGCAAAAAUACACAGAACAAACGGAUGCUAUUGGCAGCCGGCGGUGGGCAGCAUAGUGUGUUUUUGGUCGAGUCGGACGAGGCGGAGAAGCAAAAGGAGAAUGUGCCAGCCAGCAAGAAGCCGAAGGCAGCUGCCGUCGAAGCGGCCAAGGAAUCAAUAGAAACGGAAAUUAAGGAGAAGGAGGAGACGGUGGAUUUGAAAACCGAGACAGUUCCGCCAAAGGGCGAUGACAGUAAGACUGGCAAAAAGACAUCAUCCAAACGCGGACGCAAGAAGGAUUAAUGGAGAAACGUUAGUUAAAUGUUUCCAAUUGUUUUGUUCUUCAAAAGUCGCAUUACUAUGAUGCGCAGCCUAUAAACACUUAUUAAUUAAGCCAACUGAAUAAAAUGUUGUAA